AUGAUCGCUGUACAACCGUUUUUCCUCAAGGAAAAAGUUCCUACCAUUAAAAGUGUUCAAAUAUGCUCUGCCCUCAGACUGAAUUUAUGCCGUCAACCAGAUAUCAAGACAAGCCAAAGCUCCAAUUAUUCCGCGACGUCCAUAAGUGAAAAGGCAGUAGAUGGCAGGACUGAUCAAAAAUUUAGUAGUGGUAGUUGUAUACAUACACAAACAACUCCAGCAUUAUCGGAAGCUUGGUGGCGGAUUGACCUUGGUGGUCCAGUCGUUAUUGAACAUGUGAAGAUAUACUACAGAAAUGAUUCAGUCCACGGACAGUCAAGGCGAUUUGGUGGCUUUCAGAUAUACCUGUCAAAUACAACAGAUUGGAGAAACGGUGACAACUGUCAUACAGAUACAACAUCUACAUGGCAAUCGAUGGACCUUGCUCCAUCUAUUCAAUCGUGUACAGGCAACACAAUCUACCUGACUAUCUAUGUUGAUCGACGACCAAACAAACCUUACACUUGGUAUUCUGACUACGCUAUCCUCGAACUCUGUGAAGUCGAAAUUUAUGCUUGUGUGAACGGGAACUAUGGAAGCUUCUGUGACACCACAUGCCCUGACAACUGUAAGGAUGGGGUAUGUGACCAACAUACAGGAGAAUGUGAAG